AUGGCGCCGCGGCGAUCCACCCGCAAGUCGACCAACAGCGUCGCCAACCAUGUCGCCCCAGCACCCUCACCAGUGCCUGCAGCCAAUUUGAUUGAUUCCCCCAUGACGGACAGUCGCCACAAACAGAAGCGCACUCGCGCUUCUCGCUCCUUUGUCCCCAAUUCUUCCGACCACGAGAAUGAAUCAAUCGAAGUUGAGGCGCCCAACCAGCCUGCGCAGGUGCGCAGGGUUCUCAAAGAAGUUGCCAUUCCCGCUACGAAGCCUCGCAAGGCGCCUGCCACGCGUGGUCGGCUCUCUAGUCUCAAUGCCCAGCAAACAGAACAGGAGAGCUCGACCAGUCCUCCUUCGAUGGACAACUCAGACUAUGAAACACCAGGAACGAGCAUCUCAACCACUCCGGCUGUCUCGGUUGGCCAUGGCAAGAUGGCCGCUCGCAAUGGCCGCGGCAAGGCCACCACCCCUUUGCAAAACGCCUCGUUUAACUCAAAGCGAGCCCGACAUGUGGUCUUAGACUCAGAUUCCGAAAGCAUGACGCUCGAUAUGGAUGAGGAAAUUGCCUUGCAAAUGCAGCUCGAAGACGAGAUGGAUGCACCGCGAAGCAAGCGCCAGAAGACCGAAGAAGACGAAGACGAAGACGAGGAUGUGGAUAUGCUCUCAGAGGAAGAGCCAGUAAUGCCUGCUUCUCGCAAGAAAAUGCCUUCAUAUAAAGGCAAAGGCAAGGCUAAAGCCGAAGAGGUUUUCAGCGACGACGACCGAGAUUCAUUGUUGGAUGAGCUGUCGCCACCUCGCUAUAAGGGUAAAGGAAAAGGCAAAGCCCAAGACGCACCUAACAAGCGCUCUCGCUCUGUCCGCUCAAGCGCGAAGAAACAGGGCCGGUUCACAGAGGAAGAUUUCAUAGAUGACGAAGAGUCUGAUGGAGGAGAGUUCCGUCCCGAUGAUUUGGAUGAUCUUGAGUCCCUGCUUGAUGCUGAGGUCCUAGGCCCAAGCGACACUGAGGAAGAGCCGUUGAUGACGACCGCUGCGCGCCUGAGGAAGGCGGUGGCAGAGAGGCCAAUCAAAGCAGCUCGACGCAGCAAGAAAGCGCAGACUCACGGCGAAAGGCUAGAAGCGUAUCAACGGAGGGCCAGGUUUGCACACAUUGCAGAUAAAUGGGAGCGAAAGCGUGCCAUGAACCGCGAACGAGCAGAGCAGCAGCAUCCAAAACUACGCACCAUGUGGGAUGAUUUGAAGAAGAUUCCCGUUCUCGAAGUCCAAAAGGCCGAACAGCCAACGUCAAUCACCCGGCGGCUGAAGCCAUUCCAGCUCGAGGGACUUAGCUGGAUGGUUCGUCAAGAGCAGACUCACUACAAAGGUGGUUUGUUGGGAGACGAGAUGGGCAUGGGCAAAACUAUUCAGGCCGUCUCGUUGAUCAUGUCUGAUUAUCCCGCAAAACAGCCUACGCUUGUCUGCGUCCCUCCCGUCGCUCUCAUGCAGUGGACAAAUGAGAUUCGCGAGUAUACGGAUAACAAGCUCAAGGUGCUUGUGUAUCACGGUACAAACGCCAAGUGCAAGAAGAUGUCGGUCAAGGAGCUGAAAUCCUACGACGUCAUCAUGGUCUCGUACAACUCGUUGGAAUCGCUACACCGAAAAGAAACAAAGGGAUGGUCUCGCGGAGACGACAUCAUCAAGGAAGCAUCUUCACUCCACGCCAUCUACUACCACCGCCUCAUCCUGGACGAGGCGCAUAGCAUCAAGUCACGCAAUACUGGUGUAGCCAAGGCUUGCUUCGCGUUGAGGAGUAACUACAAAUGGUGCUUGUCCGGCACACCGGUCCAGAACCGCAUUGGAGAGUUCUUCUCGCUUCUCCGAUUCUUGGAGGUUCGUCCUUUUGCGGAUUAUUUCUGUCGUUCCUGCGACUGCGAGAAGCUGCACUGGGCUACUGACGACGACCAUAUGUGUGUUGCGUGCAACCACGGUGCGUCUGAGCACAUCUCAGUGUUCAACCAGGAGCUGCUUAAUCCCAUUACAGGCGACGACCCUGAGCUUCGCGAAGAGGCCUUGUCAAAACUCCACCUCAUCACUGCCCGCAUCAUGUUGCGACGCAUGAAGCGUGACCACACCAACUCGAUGGAGCUUCCAAUGAAGGACAUCAUCAUCCACAACGAGUUCUUCAGUGAAGUUGAGCGCGACUUUUCGACCUCAAUCAUGUCAAACUCUUCGCGCAAAUUUGAUACGUACGUCGCCCAGGGAGUGAUGCUCAACAAUUACGCCAACAUCUUCGGUCUCAUUAUGCAGAUGCGUCAAGUCGCCAACCACCCCGAUUUGCUCCUUAAGAAGAAUGCCGUCGAAGGCGCUAGCAAUGUCUACGUGUGCAACAUUUGCGAUGAGCCUGCUGAGGAUGCAGUUCGGUCUCACUGCCGUCACGAGUUUUGCCGUGCGUGUAUCAAGGACUUUAUGGACACUUGCGAAGCCUCUGGUACCGAAGCCGACUGCCCUCGCUGUCACAUUGCGCUAUCCAUUGACUUUGAGCAACCCGAACUUGAGCAGGACGAAGACUCUGUGAAGAAGACUUCGAUCGUCAACCGCAUCAAGAUGGAGAACUGGACUUCUUCCACCAAGAUUGAGAUGCUAGUCUACGAUCUGUACAAGCUACGCAGCAAGAAGCAGACACUGAAGUCGAUUGUCUUUAGUCAGUUCACUUCCAUGUUGCAACUGAUUGAGUGGCGUCUUCGUCGUGCUGGGUUCAACACGGUCAUGUUGGAUGGUAGCAUGACACCGGCCCAACGCCAGAAGAGUAUUGACCAUUUCAUGACGAACCCGGAUGUGGAGGUCUUUCUUGUUUCUCUCAAGGCGGGUGGUGUUGCACUCAACUUGACCGAAGCGUCUAGGGUGUUUAUUGUCGACCCAUGGUGGAACCCUGCUGCCGAAUGGCAGUCUGCGGAUCGUUGUCACCGUAUCGGCCAGCGUCGCCCUUGUGUCAUUACUCGUCUCUGCAUAGAGGACAGUGUGGAGUCGCGCAUGGUUGCGCUCCAGGAGAAGAAGGCAGCCAUGAUUGCUGGAACGGUCAAUAACGACAAGGUUGCCAUGGACCGCCUGAGUCCUGAAGAUCUGCAAUUCUUGUUCCGUGGUACCUAG